AUGAGUGUUCCUCGACCUGGACCUAGCUCAAUGAGAUUAACCCUCUCUGGCCUUCCCAUUUGCUCUCAAAGACACACAGUCCAAACACCAAUCAUCAAUCAUCUGGACCUUUCUUCUUCAUCAGUGGCUCUAAGAGCAACUGUGUACAAGGUGAGAAGCUUCACAUUGUUGCCAUGUCAUCUCGUGGUGGCCACCACACUGGUGGUUUUUUUCACUGACUCUGCUCCUUCUCCGGCACCUUCUCCUGCUCUUUUGGGAUCUCAAGCUGUUCCUCCUGCAACUGGUUCUACUUCUUCUUUUACCAGUCGUCGAAUUGGGGUUUUGGGACUUGUUGGAUUAGCAAUUGUUUUGCUCUGA